AGGUGUGGCCUGUGGACGGUAGAUAACAUGACAUGAGCAUGCAGCCAUGUAACCUAUAAAGCCCCCAGUCACUCUCUUUUGUUUCAGCAGCUGUCUGCAAGGCGACAAUGGCACAUAAACAUAUAUUGUGGAUCUUUACCCUAACUGCUUCACUCAAUCUCUCAGUGAGUCAUGGUCCUCUUGAAGGAGUGAGCGACUAUGAGGUGGUCCGACCCAUCAGGCUACAUUCUCUGCAGAAAAGAGAAACACAAUCAUCCAGACUGGAAACUCUGAAGUAUGCAAUGAGAGUGGGUGGGAAAGACAUUGAGAUGCAUCUGGAGAAGAAUGGCGAAUUACUCACCAACGACUACAGUGAGACUUACUACACUGAGGAUGGUACACCAGUCACCUCUACACCUCAGGACGUGGACCACUGCUACUACCACGGCACCAUUGUGAAUGACAGUGUGUCAACGGUUAGCAUGAGCACCUGCGAUGGACUCAGGGGAUAUUUCAGAACAGCCGCCCAAAGGUACCUGAUUGAGCCUCUGUCAGGGUGGGAUGAUGGCGAUCACGCAGUGCUGAAAUACGAGGACCAGAGCUCCAAGCCUGUGAUGUGUGGAGUCACCAACACUAGCUGGAAUGCAGACUACCCUCCCAUAACUAGCAAGAGCCGCUCUCGUGGCUCAGGUCCAUCUCUACUUCAACAGCAAAAGUAUGUUGAGCUCGUCCUUGUUGCAGACAACCGUGAGUACAAGAACAUGAAAAGUAACCUCGGAGAGCUGCGUAAGAGGAUAUUUGAAGUGGUCAACUUUGUCAAUAUGGUAUACAAGCCCCUCAACACCUUCAUUGCCUUGGUUGGUCUGGAGGUGUGGACAGACAAUGAUAAGAUAUCAGUGACCGCCCCUGCUGGUGCCACCCUGGAUGCCUUUACCAAGUGGAGGAACAGCGACCUGGUCAACAACAAGCGUCAUGACAACGCACACCUCAUCAGUGGCAUUGACUUUGAGGGUUCGACAGUGGGUCUGGCCUUCAUUGGGACUCUAUGUUCAGAUCAUUCAGUUGGGAUUGUGCAGGAUCACAACCCCAAGGCCAUUGCUGUAGGGGCCACAUUGGCCCACGAGAUGGGCCACAACCUGGGCAUGAACCACGAUGACUCCAGUGCCUGUACUUGUUCUGGGAAUAGUUGUAUAAUGGCCGGGGCCCUCAGCUGGGAUAUCCCAAAGUCAUUCAGUAGCUGCAGUAGUGUAAGCUAUGACCAGUUUCUGAAUAAUCGUAACCCUGAGUGUCUGCUGGACAAGCCAGACUACCGGAAUGUGGAAUCAACCCCAGUGUGUGGCAAUGGCUUCCUGGAGACAGGAGAGCAGUGUGAUUGUGGCUCCCUGGAGGAGUGUACAAACCCAUGCUGUAAUGCCACCAGCUGCACACUGACUAAGGGCUCAGAGUGCGCUGCAGGAGCGUGCUGUGACAACUGUAAGAUAUUGUCCUCGUCCAGAGAGUGCAGAAUGAAGCAUGAUGACUGUGACUUGCCAGAAUACUGCACAGGGAAAUCAGCCGACUGUCCCGAGGAUGUCUUCACUGUCAACGGGAUUCCCUGUGAUGGAGGACGUGGGUACUGCAACAACGGCCAGUGUCCACAGCACCACACCCAGUGUGUGAAAAUGUAUGGACCAUCUGCUGAAACCGCCAGAACGUACUGCUAUGAGCAGAACACCAGAGGACUGUACUACGCCUACUGUAAACGGCCUUCAAAGGACCAGUACAUCCCCUGCCAGAGACAAGAUGUGCAGUGUGGGAAACUCUUCUGCAAGAACGGUAAUGACAACCCCAACUAUGGUCGCAUGGUGAAAUUCUCAGACUGCAAAGCCUCAUUCUACGAUGAUCACACCAGUGAUUUUGGACAGGUGGACACUGGGACCAAGUGUAAUGAUAGAAAGGUGUGCAGCCAGAAUGAAUGUGUGGAUUUUGAGACGGCCUACGGACCUAGAGUCACCAACUGCUCAGCACUAUGUAAAGGACAUGCUGUGUGUAAUCACAAAAUGGAGUGCCAGUGUGAGCCAGGAUGGUUACUUCCCGGCUGUGAUACAAAGGAUGAACGCUUCACAGGUCUCUCCAGAGAAGGACUGAUUGCCAUUGUAGUGACAGUCACUCUGCUGCUCCUGGCUGCUAUUGCUGGGGUAGUGGCUGUGUUCCUUAAGAAGAGACAACAGUCCCCCACUCUCCCUAGCUACCAUACCCAGCAGAAAACUUAUAAAGUGUACAACGACCACAAUAACAAACUGCCAAUCCCCAGCCAAAACAACACUAUGCCACAACAGCCCAAGCGACCAAAGGGUGUUCCGCCCCCACCCCCUCCUGCUGCUAACCAAUCACGGGCCCCAGCCCAUGACUUCAGGGCCGUACGACAGGCUUUGAGGCCCCCACCCCCACGGGUCUGAUGUCGCCAUCGAGGAAACAGGAGGAUCACACAGACCUUACCAAGAUCUCAAAUGUAGGGCUGCCAGAGCUGAGUGCACUUAGUGCAUUGAGACCUCAAGUCUUUAGGAUAGUUUUACAGAUAGUUGAAGUUUACAUACACCUUACCCAAAUACAUUUAAACUCAGUUUUUUUUUUUUUUUACAAUUCCUGACAUUUAAUCCUAGUAAAAAUGUCCUGUCUUAGGUCAAUUAGGAUCACCACUUUAUUUUAAGAAUGUGAAAAGUCAGAAUAAUAGUGAUUUAUUUCAGAUUUAAUUUUUUUCAUCACAUUCCCAGUGGGUCAGAAGUUUACAUAGUAUUUGGUAGCAUUGCCUUUAAAUUGUUUAACUUGGGUCAAACGUUUCGGGUAGCCUUCCACAAUAAGUUGGGUGAAUUUUAGCCCAUUCCUCCUGACCGAGCUGGUGUAACUGAGUCAGGUUUGUAGGCAUCCUUGCUCGCGCAAGCUUUUUCAGAUCUGCCCACAUUUUCUCUAGGAUUGAGGUCAGGGCUUUGUGAUGGCCACUCCAAUACCUUUUACUUUGUUGUCCUUAAACCAUUUUGCCACAACUUUGGAAGUAUCCUUGGGGUCAUUGUCCAUUUGGAAGAUCCAUUUGCGACCAAGAUUUUACUUCCUGACUGAUUUCUUGAAUGUUGAUUCAAUAUAUCCACAAUUUUCCUACCUCAUGAUGCCAUCUAGUUUAAGUGUACCAGUCCCUCAUGCAGCAAAGCACCCCCACGACAUGAUGCAACCCCCAUGCUUCACAGUUGGGAUGAUGUUCUUUGACUUGCAAGCCUCUCCCUUUUACCUCCAAAUAUAACAAUGGUCAUUAUGGCCAAACAGUUCAAUUUUUGUUUCAUCAGACCAGAGGACAUUUCUCCAAUUUGUUUAAUCUUUGUCCCCAUGUCCAGUUGCAAACCGUAGUCUUUUUUUUUUUAUGGCGGUUUUGGAGCAGUGGCUUCUUCCUUGCUGAGCAGCCUGUCAAGUUGCCGAUAUUGGACUUGUUUUGCUCUGGAUAUAGAUACUUUUGUACCCGUUUCCUCCAGCAUCUUCACAAGGUCCUUUUCUGUUCUGGGAUUGAUUUGCACUCUUCACACCAAAGUAUGUUCAUCUCUAGGAGACAGAACACGUCCCCUUCCUCAGCGCUAUGACGGCUGCGUGGUCCCAUGGUGUUUAUACUUGAGUACUCGUUUAUACAUAUGAACGUGGUACCAUCAGACGUUUGGUUCAUCCUUGGGAGCAAUUUCCAGACUUGUGGAGAACUACUAUUUUUUCUUCUUCUGAGGUCUUUGAUUUCUUUUGAUGUCCCAUGAUAUCAAGCAGAGGCACUGAGUUUGAAGGUAGGCCUUGAAAUACAUCCACAGGUACACCUCCAAUUGAAGCUUCUAAAGCCAUGACAUAAUUUCCCAGAAUUUUUACAAGCUGUUUAAAGGCACUUCGUGUAUGUAAACUUUUGACCCACUGGAAUUGUGAUACAGUGAAAUAAUGUCUGUAAACAAUUGUUGGAAAAAUUACUUGUGUCAUGCACAAAGUAGAUGUCCUAACCGACUUCACAAAACUACAGUUUGUUAACAAGAAAUGUAUGGACGGGUUGAAAGUUAAUGACUCCAACAUAAGUGUAUGUUAACUUCUGACUUGAACUGUAGCUACAAAUGAGCCAAAGACUGAGGAGUCCUCUCGACGAGGAACAGAUGUCUUCUUGCACUUUAGUAUUUAUUAGCCAUAUCAUUUUAGACCUGUGAUUUGUCAUUGCCAUUUGAGGGAGUGAGUGCACAGUAUGUGAUAUAAUAUGCAAUUUAUUUUAUAAUACAUUCGCUCUUGGCUGACUGUAUAUGCCUGACUUUGAGGAAUACUGUAAGCCAACAGUAAAUAGCUUUUAUCAAUAUUAAAUAUUACUGAGACAGACAUUGCUGACUAAUGUAAACACAUAUUCAGUGAGCGAGACCUUUUAUCUUAUAUCUUUUCAGUGUAGAACAUUCUAAAUUUUGCAUAACCAACUGAGAAAUGACCAUAUACCAUUACUUUUUUUUUUACAUCUCUGAUUGUAGAAGAGGUACCAACCACCUGAUUAACAUUUCAAGCAUGGGAAAAAAAAUUAAAUGUUUUUUUUGUUGACAUGACA